CUCCCAUUUUCGUAAUGUUUAGAAACAGAGAAAACCGCCGGUGACUCGACGAUCCAAAAUGGCGAGCAAACUUCUGACGAAUCGGUUUCGGCACCUUUUGUUCUCAUCAACAGCGAAGAUCAGAGCAUCCUCCUUUACUACUGCAUCUUCUUCUCCCCCAUUCCGGUGCAAAUCUUCUUCUAAAUCUUCACCGGCAUCACCUUCUUCCGCCGGCAUCGAUUGCGCUACCGCUGCGGAUAUCGCCGAUGUUCCUGAAGAAGGUUUUGAGGACCUGGUCGACGCCGUCUCUCCUGCUUCCACUGCUUCAGUUGCCAACACUAUGAUUCCUACUCUCCUCCAGCCUCGUGUCGUUGUCUAUGACGGUGUCUGCCAUCUCUGCCAUCGCGGUGUGAAGUGGGUGAUAAAAGCAGACAAAUAUAAGAAGAUCAAAUUUUGCUGCCUUCAGUCCAGAGCUGCUGAACCAUAUUUGAGACUAAGUGGUCUAGACAGAGAGGAUAUUAGCCGUCGCUUUUUGUUCGUCGAGGGCUACGGUUCAUACUACCAAGCUUCUGCCGCUGCUCUGAAGGUAUUGUCGUAUUUGCCUCUCCCGUAUUCAGCUUUGAGCGCAUUCUUGAUAAUUCCAACUCCUCUUAGAGACGCUGUGUAUGACCAUGUUGCUAGACAUCGUUAUGAUUGGUUUGGAAAGGCUGAAGAUUGCUUGGUUUUGCAGGAGGAAGAUCUGCUUGAGCGUUUUAUUGAUAGGGAGGAACUGCUUGAUCGACAUCAUCGGUAUUGAAUCUUGUCCAUUACAUUCUCUCUUAUGGACAUAGAAAUUUGUAAAUUUUAGAUGUUACUGGAUGAAGAUGUUCCUGACCCCCACCUAAAGAAGUUAGUCCCUCCAUUUUGUACUAAAGAACUUGAUACGAAUGAAUGCGAACUUGAUACGAAUGAAUGCAUUUUAGAA